GAAUAAGAGGGCGAGAAGGAACAGGAAUGGAAAGAAGGAACGAACUUAGUUGACAAGAUGGCUCCGUAUGGGGAGGAAGUUGAACGCUAUGGGAACAGAAUGCCCGUGCGGAAACAUAGGCGCGACAAAAGUGAAAUUAGUUGUUGCCUCAAGUAUCUCAUCUUCGGCUUCAAUGUGAUUUUUUGGCUAAUGGGCUUAAGCAUCAUGGUUGUUGGUGUUUGGGCCUGGACUGAGAAGGACAUUUUCAACAACCUGAGUCGACUUACUAACAUUGCACUGGACCCUGCCUUUGUGCUGAUUGUCAUUGGAGGCAUCACCUUUAUUAUUGGUUUCACUGGCUGCGUCGGUGCCCUGAGAGAAAAUACCUGCCUGCUCGCUGCUUACGCCAUAUUUUUAGCGAUCUUGUUGCUGUUAGAGAUGACGGCAGGCAUUUUGGGAUUCAUCUUCAAAGAUUGGAUCAAGUCUCAGGCAACCAACGGCUUCCAGGCUUUCAUUGUGUUCUACAGAGAUGACCCUGACCGUCAAAACUUGAUCGACUGGAUUCAGGAACAGUGGCUGGGAUGCUGUGGUAUUGAGGGCCCCAAAGACUGGGACAUGAAUAUCUACUUCAACUGCUCAAGUGUGGAAGUGGGAAGUCGUGAGGCCUGUGGCGUUCCAUUUUCCUGCUGCAAGAGACAACCAAAUGAGCUCAUAAAGAACAAACAAUGUGGCUAUGAUGUACGCAAGGCUGAGUAUCAACGGGACAAGUCUCACGUGAUCUAUGAGAAAGGUUGCCUGCGAGCUGGGGAGGAGUGGAUCGAAGCUAACCUGGUGCCAGUGGCAGGGGUGGCCGUGGGAUUGGCUGUGCUGCAGGACAAGUCCCAGCGUUCGCGACUCAUUUAUGAGCGAGGCUGCCUGCAGGUUGGGGAAGAGUGGUUAGAGGUGAACCUGGUUCCCUUGUCGGGAGCACUCUUAGUUGUUGCCUUUGCUCAGAUUCUGGGCAUAUGUUUUGCCCAAAAUUUACGGGCAGACAUCUUCGCCCAGAAGGCGAAGUGGCACUGACAUCCGCUGCACACCUGGGCCAAGAUAGCCAGCCGAAGGUUUCAGGGCCCAGAGUGGCGCCACUGACUGGCCCCACAUCUGCAGCUGCUGCCACCAGUGCUGACAGCAUCUGGAGCAGCCAGCAAGAGCAGCAACAGCACAGACGCAACCACCAGGUGGCUCUCAUCACCCUGUUCUGAGAGUCCAAGCACAUUACCUUCCUGGAAGCUAGUGGCAACAAAGCGUGUUGUUUUCCUAUGCUAUCUUAACUUGCAACUGACCAGUGUUCGACAUACUGUCAUCAACAAGAUUGUAAAAACUGGCAUCGUGGGACUGAGUGGUGGGUAAGGUUAAUGUCAGCUCAAGGCAGUAAGGACGUCUUGAGGCUUGGACAUUUGAGCACAAGAGGUUUGACAAGCACAUCUUGCAUUGUGCAACUUUGUGUAUUUUUCCAUGUUUGCUAGACUGUCAUAUAGUGUGUAAAUUUUGUAUCUCAAUUUUCUAGUGGUUGGGGCUGAAAGAAUGCUACCCUCCUACUGCUUGUUGUUUGGUGCAAGAACUGAUGUGGAAUAGCGCAAGAUGCACCAUUUCAUCAUGCAGCAGCUGUCACAAGGUGUCUUUCACAGCUAUUCCAAAAGGUGUGAAGCCUGGCAGGUACAUUUCCUUCCACAUUUUCUGAAGUCUGAGACAGCAGUGUGACAAAUUCACUUGUGUGUUUAAUGGAGAUUAUUCUCUGUUCACAGUCGUGAAGGUCAUUUUAGGCUUAAUAUUCUAACGGGAAAAGGCAAACUUUCCCAGUCUGAUACUUCUCAAGGGCUUUUGACAUGAAAUAGUACCUUCUUCUGCCAUGUCAUUUUAAUGCAGAUACACUGGCUAUCUAUAAUUUCAAUGUACAUUCCAGCACUUUUACAAUACUUUAAGAGAAAUUGACCAGGCCUAGAGGAUAUAUUAGUGAACAAUGAACAUGGAUGGCACAGGAAAUGGCCAUGAGGUUUACAGUGACAGUGAAUUUAGUAUCUCGUUUCAAUCAGUGUUCAUGAAAGUGUGGUUUCCAUGGACUCUUUGUAGUUUGUUGUGUUGCAUGUUAGUGGCGCACUGUCUACUUGUAAUUUUGUGGCUUUCAGCUGCUUUGUGAAGACAUUAGAUAGCUAGGCGGAGGCUUAAACCUCCCUAAAUUUUGAACAUAUUAACAUUGCCAUGUGUUGCAUCCAUAUAUCUUUUGUGUGUGUGGGAAAAAGGUAUGACCAUGCUCUCCAGAUGUGUUAACACAAGGCAGCACAUCUUAAACUGGUGGCUGUUCCGACUACACUGGCAUGGUAUCAUUUUUUUGCUGUUGACAGUGAGCACUAUGCUUACACAGUAUGUGGAAGGACUGUCGUACUUCAUACAUUGUGAAUUUCUAAAUAGUGAUACAAGUGGUAAUGUAUGUAUAUCUUGCACUUUAGACAUGCUGAAAGUCAUUAGUUCAAGACACCUUAGGCUUUUGCCUGGGCUUGCUUACUUUCAAAUACUCAUGGGUGUUUCAGCCAACUGCUGAUAUGAUGCUGGUUUACAUGUUAUGGAUUCUUGUAGUGUAACUGUCAGGUUGUUUCAAGGUGUGAUGGCAGAACCUGUGUUACAACAGGUGUACGUAUGGGUUCUGCCAUUAAGGUAUUUGCACUCAGCUCAGGCUUUUAUAGUGGCUGACUGUUGUGUUCAUAUUUUGCAUGUGAAGAAAUGUGCACUAGUAUUUUACAUGUGGCAAAGAGGUCGCAGUUUUUAUGCUGCGCUAUUGUGGCCAGAUACUGCUACUACACAAUAGAAAUUGGGCAUCGUUUAAGUUCUCGCCUGUUAUCAUUUUGUAGAGAAACUACAACUGACCCUGCAAUAAUAUGAAUGGAAGGAAAAUCUUGAUGCACAUGUCUUCCAUUGCGUCCAUUCGAACAAAUGUGUUCCCUUAACACCAAGGAUUUUUGUAUGUAGACUGUUCAAAAAAAUUUUUUUCUUUAGAGUAGCUUUGUAUGUGACAGUCUGUCUUUACGACCUGAACACAUUAAGGUCACCAUUAUGGGUCUCUUGACUAGCAGCUUGUAUGCUAAAGUUCUGUCAUGUGCACUAGUAUCAGGUGUGUUCAUUUUAUGUCAGCGAGACAUUGAUUCCCGUUCUGUUUUCUAUAGCAGUGACUUCAUAAGUAUGCUUUAGGCUAUGAGUUGCCCCCUUGGAUGUAUGUUUUUGUGGGCAGCUGUCCCUAUGACAGAACAUAUUGCUGCAAGCAAAAGCUAGGGGGCACUAUUGCACCUCAUUUUUUUGCACAUUCACUUAAGUUGCUAGCAUCACCCAGUUGUAGCUUUGUCUGCUUAGUUGUGCCCACCUUUGAUUCUUUGUUCUCAGUCCACAUAAGUUAUCCUGCUGCAUGUUCAUUGCCCAUUAUUGUGGCAAGUUCAACAUCUGUGGGCAGGUGUGGUUUUUGCUCAAAAAUGACUGUUUCUUUAACUUUCCAAUUUGUGUAAGGGUCCAAUUGGCGCAAAGUCUGUGGUGCACAACCAGACGUGUCGUUUCUUCCUGCAAGGCAAUGCAUCACCAAAGCUUUUUCCCUUGCAUUGUCGUCUGAAUUCCUUGCUUGGAAGUUUUCUGCCACUGCUGGUUGUCUUAAAGAAAGUUUUGCUGAAGGUGUUUUGUUUUUUAUUAAACUUACAAUAAUGGUUUAAAUCAUGUAUGUUUAUAUUCAGAGUUUAAACAUGAUCCUUGUGCAGAACAAGAUAACAAAGAGCAUUUUAAUCACUGCCGACUUAAGCUCUCAAUAUUAGGUAGUAAGGAAGAAUAUGUAUGAUAUACAUAUAGGUGUAGAUGUGAGCUAGCUUUGUGACCUUUAUUGUAACAUCAAGAGAACUUGAUGUAUACUCCAGCAUGUCAGUCUCAAUGUACAGUUUUGCCAGUUUGUGACAGUCCUGUGUGACAGUGUUUGGUUCAUGUAGUCUGUAUUUAGCUGAGCACCUGCAUCAGGCCUUAAAUGAUUAUAUUGCAGUGUUGGCAAAAGCUGCUAAUAUUUGUGACUCAUUUGCAGGCUUACAGCCUUGGAAGGUGUAUACACUGGUGUUCUGCAGAGUUAGCACUCUAGUUGGCGUCUGUAUGAAGUCUGGGUGCAGCAAUGGGGUUUUUUAGGCCACUUGCCCCUUUUUCAAGUCGCAUGGGGCUACAGUAGCAAUUGUGUAUCUUAGAUUACAUAUAUAUAUUAUAUAUAUACAGCACUUCGCAUCAAAUUGCUCCUUAGAAAAAUGAUUGGGAGCUCUGUAGAUGAAGUUGAUCUAUUUGAAUUUUGGGAGCUCUUGUGCCCCCCUUUUUUUCUGAAUCUUUUUUUUAUGAUUGCUUGUGUGAAGUUUUUCUGAAUUGUGCAGACUUCGUCCUGCACAUGCAACUGUGCUCAGUGUACAUAAAACACAAUGUGUACUCAUCUUGUUUGUAUGCCUGCUCUAUUUAUUUGUGAAUAGAGUUCUAUAUGGGAAGUUGACAAAGGAUGUCUGCCAUCUGCACUGUCACUAGUCAUGUAGAAUCAUAUAUUACCCACAAAUGCGACUUACGAUUGUCAACAAUAAACAGUGUCCUUUGAAGUUUGAAAUAA